CUUUUUCCCAGCUCGUCAGUCUCUUCGCGCUCCACCAGCAGAGAUUUCAAAUAUUCUGUGUCUGCAGCCAGGGCGUCAUUUUCACCAUCAUGGCUGAGCAAUUUGCUGGAAAGUGGACUCUUGUUAACAGCGAGAAGUUUGAUGACUACAUGAAGGCAGUCGGCGUGAAUUUCGCCACUCGGCAAAUAGGAAACCUUGCAAAGCCCAAUGUGGAGUUCAGCAUGGGUGACGAUGGCUUUAUUACACUAAAGUCUGUGACUACGUUCAAGACCACAGAGUUCAAGUUCAAGCUGAAUGAGGAAAGCGAUGAGGAGACCCCCGAUGGCAGAACCACCAAGACCACUGUCACACUCGAGGAUGGCAGACUUGUGCAGAAACAGGCUUGGGAUGGAAAGACCACAAGAAUAGAGCGAGAAAUUGAAGAUGGAAAACUAAUAGCUAAAUGUUACAUGGAUGAUGUUGUUGCAGUGAGGACCUACGAGAAGGCAGCUUGAUGCUGUUUUUGUGAUGAGCUGCUGUGCAUUGACUUCAAGACAAACAUGCCAAUAAAGUCUAAACUGACA